GCUAAUUCCAAUUGUACCUUGAACGCCUCAUCGCGACGCUUCCUGUGAAAGGCAUGGAACGAUUCUGACUUCAUAAACGCCACACAACUUAACAUCAGCCGACCGUGCGGACGAAAUGGCUACAUUUGAGAUCCGGAAGUUCCAAGACGGUGAUGCGGAGGCGGUGAAGGAGAUCUUUGCUCUGGGAAUGGGCGAGCUGGUGCCGUCGUCCUUCUCUCAUAUUCUGAAGCAACCCCUGACCCAGAUGGUGCUGAUGUGCACCUUCUGCGCCCUCCUCACCAGCUCCAAGUCCUUUCUGCUGCCCAUCCUGGCGCUGACCCUCCUUCUGGCCAGCGUUCGCCAAGUCCUCACCUACGUGAUCAACCGUGCCACUGAAUCUGCCAUGAGGAGCGACCUCAGCGACAUCACCGAGUCUUACCUGACGCAGAAGGACUCGUGCUUCUGGGUGGCUGAGAGCGACGGUCGGGUGGUGGGUUCGGUGGCGUGUGUCCCGAGCGAGAACACGCCAGAAUGUCUAGAGCUGAAGCGCAUGUCUGUGCACCCAAGUCAUCGCGGGAUGGGCAUCGCCAAAGCUCUUUGCCGGACAGUAGCAGAGUUCACCCAGGACAGAGGAUAUGCAGCCGUCCAUCUGCACACGUCAAUGGUGGCAACUAAUGCACAGAAGCUCUAUGAGCAUUAUGGCUUUGAGAAGAUCAAAGAGGCGGUUGCUCCUGGGUUUUUGGCCAAAAUAACAAACUUUACGCUGAUAGAGUAUAAACUGCAUUUAAAACGAAGCUAAGAUGCUUAUAUUUUAGGCAGCGACAAGGAGAAGAUCAGGCAUUGAAAAAGUUUCACCAUCCAAAUUAUUGUUGAAUUAACUGCGACAGCAAUAUUCUGACGGAUUAGUCCGCAGAGUAUGUGACUGCAGACAUUCUUGAGGUUUACAACUGCGCUGCACGUUGCUAUUUUCUUUGGUCCGGUGUUUAAAAGCCUGAAAAUCCAGGCUUUAGUCUUGUGAAAUGGAUAGGAAGCCUGCACAUAUGUGGGUAAUGCAAAACUUCUUGGUGAUCCUGCUGUAGUACAAGGCUGUGAAACAUGCCCACAUGCACACAGUGAAUGUAGGAAAUCUGAGGUAAUUUAAGAGUUCAAGAGUUUGAACAUGUCCCGUUUAGUUUUGGAAAAUAUAGUCAGUUUAUUUCAUAGGAGAUCAAAAAUAAACUGCCUGAUUUAUGACUCUUCUGCAGUUGUGAUCUCAGUGUAUUGUUCUGUCUUGUUUCUUCUAGUCUUUUUAUGAUGG